ACUACAAAUCAGCGAAACAGCACAUUCAGUCAUGAAAAUUCAACAAACAAUUUCCUAAAACUAAUAUUCCAACGACUUUCACAAAAGAUUCUCACAAAGGCGAUCAAAAAAUACAUAGUAAAAUGCCAUUCGUUUGGGAUGAUUUUGAAGCAUUACUGUUGGACGACGAAGAACCAUAUGAUGAACAGCAAUUUGUAGUGGUGCGAAAACUUCAUAUUCGACCAAUCGCGGCUGCAUUUAAACCAUUGCCCAUCCCAGAAUAUACUGUAGAUCAGAUGAAUGUACUUCUGCGGAAAUUCGGUGAUAUUGAAUCGAUUGAAAUGGUGGCAAACAAAACAUCAGAAGCGUACGUAACGUUUGUCAGUGAUCGAAAUGCGUAUUUGGCAUACUUGCAAUGUAAAUACAGCAAAAAAGACGGUGCAAGACAACGAUUUGAUGUUCAGCCGGCCAAUACAUGGGAACAACCACAAGAACGUACAAAUGAUGCAUCCUUUCAAAACGAUAUGGAUGUUGACAAAUACAACCCCGAAAUAUUCGCACUGAAUGAAGAUUGUCUGUUGCAUAUGUGUAAAUUUUUGGAUCUCGAUUCUCUCGUCUCUCUAGCGUAUGUGUGUAAAAAGUUUCACACGCUACUACAUCAGCGAUGGUUUCCAAACAUUCGGAAAUAUGUCCUCAAAAAUGAGGGAGUUCGAACUUUAGCCAAAGUUCGCCGUACCAUGCUUUGCAUUGGUCGACAUAUCACUGAUUUAUCAUAUGAGUCCGAUUACGACGAGGAAGUCAAUCGGACGCCAAAAUAUUUGGAAGUCAUUGCACAGAAUGUUGGACCACAGAUUCGUCGGGCUUAUUUAUCACUUGAAUUUAAUAGAGAUGACUGUAUUUCAAUCCUUAAGCCGAUGCUACAACAUUUGGAAUCGCUACGCGUUAACGAUUUUAAUGAAGAUCAGCCCACGUAUGACAUCGAUUUUCAUGCAUUAUGCCCGAAUUUGGUUGAAUUUGAAGUGAACGUGGAGAUGCCGAUGAUUGCAUGUUGUAAACCAUGGAGUAGUUUGAAAUGUAUUUCGGUGCCGCCAUGGACCAUGAAAACCAAGACCUUUAUAUCGUUUAUCAAACAAAAUCCACAGCUUACGAGCUUGCACUUCGAUUUGCCUGAAACUAAUAAAAGGAUUGUUGCGGUCAAUACUUAUCUACCAGCUUUGGAAAAGCUAUCAAUUCGAUUCCGUUCGAGUAUUACUUUAGUUGCCAAAAACUUUGCUUGUUUGAACGGUCAAAAAUUAUCAGAAAUUAAGGUGACAGACCUUUCAAGUGAACAAAUCCAAUCAGUUAUUUCACAUUUGUCGACGUUUAAAAGUUUGCGGAAAAUAUGUGUGUCUAUGAGUUCUUCCAAUUCCAUCAAUUCUUGUUCCGAAUCUCUGAUUAAUUUGGCAAAAUUACCUCAUUUGAUUGACUUGACAUUGUCUUAUAUUUCAUUUGACGGGUCAACCUUAUUGGAUAUCAUUCGAUUUGGAUGUCAAUUGGGAACCCUUUACAUUGAAAAUGAUGUAUUGAUUUUCACCGAUGAAUUGAUUUCGAAUAUUGUCGAAGUUUGUAAGAACCAUCGACCAUCAUCAAGUGGUGCCUUGCAUUUAUAUUUAAGGAAAUAUGUUUUGACGAAAUUGCACGUUUAUCAAAACAAGGAGUUCGAGCGAUAUUUACAGCUAAAGGUUUGGGCUAGGAUUUGAGGCUGCUGACAUUAAAUUCGCUUUUAAACUCAUUUUUUAUAGUCACUCAAUGAUAUUGUUGAAUGGAAUUGACUUCGAAUUUAUUGGAAAUGUUAGAGAAAUCCCCAUAGUUUGGUUUCUCAUGUAAAUAAAGUAAGUUAAUCUAUAAAAACUCAAUGAGCCAUUCCGUUGCAAAUCAUUUAGGUAUAAUUUUGAAAAUUAU